AUGAUACAAAAAAUAAUAAAACCUAUUACUUCAUCACAACGUCAAACAGUUUUAUUUAUAAAUAACUUAACAAAAAAAUUACCAAUUAAAAAAUUAAUAAAAGGUUUUCAACGAUCUAAUGGUAGAAAUAAUCAAGGUAAAAUAACCGUUAGACAUCGUGGGGGAGGUCAUAAACGUUUAUAUCGUAAUAUUCAAUUUAAUAGAAUUAACACUGAAGGUAUUGUUCAAGCAAUAUGUUAUGAUCCAAAUAGAUCUGCUAAUAUCGCAAAUGUUUUUAAUGAAAAAAAAAAUCAAAAUUUUUAUAUUUUAGCACCUGAAGGUUUAAAAGUAAAUGAUCAUAUUCAAAGUGGACCUAAUUCUGAAUUAAAAAUAGGAAAUGCAUUACCUUUAUUAAAUAUACCUAUUGGUAGUACAAUACAUAAUAUAAGUUUAAAUCCUUUUUCAAAAGGAAAAUUAAUAAGAAGUGCAGGUACUUCAGCACAAUUAUUACAAAAAUUAUCAAAUAAUUAUGCUAAAAUACGCUUAAAUUCAGGUGAAUUACGUUUAAUAUUAUUAACUUGUUAUGCAACUUUAGGUAUAGUAUCUAAUGUUAAUCAUAAAAAAAUAAAAUUAGGUAAAGCUGGAAGAGCUCGUUGGUUAAAUAGAAGACCACAUGUACGAGGAGUAGCUAUGAAUCCUGUAGAUCACCCACAUGGUGGUGGUGAAGGUAAAACCAGCGGUGGUAGACCUUCAGUAUCACCUCAAGGUAAAAUAACUAAAGGUAAACCUACCCGAUCUAAAAAAAAAUUAAAUCAAUUUAUUUUAGAGUUUAGAAAAAAAAAAAAUGUCAAGAAAUAG